GCACUGACCGUCGUCGUCGCCUCUGUCGCCGCGGGGAAGGUACCUGCUUGUUCUCGAAGGAUAAUUAGCAUUCGUAUGUUCGCGAUGGAUUUGCCAGACACCGGAGCCGACUAUCUCCACGCGUACAUCACCCCCCCUGCCGACUACGACCCCAUUGAGUUUAUGCCGACUCCGCUCGCGGACGAGUACCCACCCGACAGGCGGAUGGGGGAUCAGACAGCGGCAUGGGCGACGAUGCCCACACCUCCAACAGCGAGGUGGGUGAGGGCCUGACAAUAUCCGUGUCCACUGCCUUUUAUCCAGGGGCAGCGGUCGAUCCUCUUCCUCCAGACCUCAUCCUGGCGUCCGCGGACUCUGUCUUCUUCUAUGUCCAUUCCAAUAGACUCCUCCGCUGCUCCCAGAAUGGCUUCAAUGCCUCCUUGCCGAUACCCCUCACGGAGAUGUACACCGGCGACUGCCCCAUCUUAGCUGCCACUGAGACUUCAACCGUCUUAAAUAUUGUCCUUCAUGCUAUCUACGACCUUCCAUUUGAGCAGUAUAGUCCCACAUCAGAGUGUCUGGUGGGCGCUGUUCAGUCCCUCCACAAGUACGGCGCUGUGCUGAAGCAGCUAGUCGUCCCCUCAACGCCUCUGUACCAACACCUGAUGUCAGUCGCUCCAUUAAACCCAAUCGACAUUUACACCAUUGCAGCCCAGUUUGAGCUGGAGGAGCUCGCCGUCGCCACUUCAUCUCAUCUCCUGAGUUUUUCAUUGUCGUCCAUCUCAGACGAGAUGGCCAUCAGAAUGGGACCGCUUUAUUUGAAGCGGCUAUUUUUCCUGCACCUCGGGCGUCUUGACGCAUUGAAGCGUAUACUCCUCCCUCCCCCGCCACCGCACCCACCGACGAACGCGUGCAAUUUCGCGGACCAGAAGCAGAUGGUCAGAGUAUGGGCUCUAGCGGUGGCCUACCUCGCAUGGGAUGCGAGGCCUGACUUGCCCAUCACCACUAUCAAACAGACUCUUAAUCCCCUCAUCGAGAAGUUGCCCUGCAAUGUCUGCCGCAGCUCCUUGUUCGACAGGACAAAGAAUAUGAUCAUUCAGUGGUCAAGAGUAAAGAAUACGAUAUGACCGUAUUGCUUUGGAGCGGUCGUUCUGAGCGCAGACUGAUGUAUCCCCGAUUCUACCCUAGACAUUCCGAUGUAGUAGUAUCAGCCUUGUGUCUUGUGUUUUGUUCCGUCCUACUGUCGUGCCCACGCUUUUUCUCUGAAGCUGUCGUUGCCAUUCGUUGAUCAUUCACUGGAGUUGUAGAACUUCCCUCUAACUUAUCUUGUUACUGUAUGUUCUUUUCUUGUUAUCAUGCGGAGACUUCUCACUGCUUGCAU